AUGUCGGACAAAGAAUUUGGCAACAGUGACGACCUGUCUCUCCCCAAAGCCACUGUCCAAAAGAUUAUCUCUGAAAUCCUACCUCAGCUGCCUCAUGACAACACCGGCGCCGGCAAGGAAGGUGAAAUGACAUUCACCCGCCCGGCCCGCGAUCUUCUCAUUUCCUGUUCGCUCGAGUUCCUCCGCAUGGUCUCCUCCGAAUCCAACGAGAUAUCCGAGAAGGAGUCCAAGAAGACAAUCAGUGUGGAACAUGUCGAACAAGCGCUCACAGAUUUGGGUUUUGGAAGUUACAUUGAGGGCUGUCGCGGUGUCGUGGGCGAAUGGCAAGAGGUCCAAAAGAAAAGAAUUGGACGCGGCGAGAAAAUGCGCAACUUCGGUGGCUUUGACAAGAUGGGAGAAGAGGAGCUGAGAAAGAUGCAAGAAGCAUUGCUGGGGGAGGCGAGGGGGAGGAUGGAAGGCAGUGGUGCCGGACAAAACGACAUGCAGCAUGGGCAGUAG